AUGACUGCAGUAGUAGAAGAUACUCCAGUUGUUAUACCGAAAGAAGAUGAAACAAGUCGAACUUUUCAUCAAAAUUAUGCACUUUCAUCUCAGUAUGAAUCACUUGAUAGUGAUGAUUUAUAUACAAAAUAUAAGAAACUUCAACGUCAACUUGAAUUUUACGAAGUACAAGAAGAAUAUGUUAAAACCGAAUUAAAAAAUUUAAAGAAAGAAAUGUUACAUGCACAAGAAGAAAUCAAACGUAUUCAAAGUGUUCCACUUGUUAUAGGACAAUUUCUUGAAGCAGUUGAUCAAAAUACUGGUAUUGUUGGUUCAACUACAGGUUCAAAUUAUUAUGUUCGAAUUCUAUCUACUAUUGAUCGAGAACUUUUAAAAACUGGUGCUAGUGUUGCUUUACAUAAACAUUCAAAUGCACUUGUUGAUAUUCUUCCGCCAGAAUCGGAUAGUAGUAUAUCAAUGUUACAAGCUGAUGAAAAGCCUGAUGUUGAUUAUGCAGAUAUUGGUGGAUUAGAUUUACAAAAACAAGAAAUUCGUGAAGCUGUAGAAUUACCAUUAACACAUUACGAAUUAUAUAAAUUAAUUGGUAUUGAUCCACCUCGUGGUGUACUUAUGUAUGGUCCACCAGGUUGUGGUAAAACAAUGUUGGCUAAAGCUGUUGCUCGACAGACAACUGCUGCAUUUAUUCGUGUAGUUGGUUCUGAAUUUGUUCAAAAAUAUCUUGGUGAAGGUCCACGUAUGGUACGUGAUGUAUUUCGUCUUGCUAAAGAAAAUUCGCCUGCCAUUAUAUUUAUCGAUGAAAUUGAUGCAAUUGCUACAAAACGUUUCGAUGCACAAACAGGAGCUGAUCGUGAAGUACAACGUAUUUUACUUGAAUUACUCAAUCAAAUGGAUGGUUUUGAUCAGAGUGUUAAUGUUAAAGUUAUAAUGGCAACCAAUCGUGCUGAUACACUUGAUCCAGCUCUUCUUCGUCCUGGACGAUUAGAUCGUAAAAUAGAAUUUCCCUUACCUGAUCGACGACAAAAACGUUUAGUAUUUUCAACUGUAACCGGUAGAAUGAAUUUAAGUGAUGAAGUUGAUUUAGAAGAUUAUGUUGCACGUCCUGAUCGUAUAUCGGGUGCUGAUAUUAAUUCAAUUUGUCAAGAAGCUGGUAUGCAAGCUGUACGUGAAAAUCGUUAUAUUGUCUUAGCCAAAGACUUCGAAAAAGCUUAUAAAAAUGUUGUUAAGAAGAAUGAACAAGACUUUGAAUUUUAUAAGUAA